UCUGAUGGAGCGCCGCUUCGAGAGCAAGCUCUCCUCGCGGUUCACACUAACCGGGGAAUCUCACAGCUACAUCAACCUGGGCUCCUACAACUACCUGGGUUUCGGCGGCCUGGGACCAUGCGCUGACCAGGCCGAGACUGCCACCCUGCGGUACGGCGUGGGAUCCGCCGCCGCGCGACAGGAGGUCGGCACCCAGCGACUUCACAUGCAGCUGGAGACGCUGGUGGCUGAGUUCCUCGGCACUGAGGACGCCAUCACGUUCGGUAUGGGAUUCGCCACGAACUCGACCAACAUCCCUAGCCUGGUCGGACCCGACUGUCUGGUGAUCAGCGAUAAGAUGAAUCACGCUUCCAUUAUCCUCGGGAUGCGUCUGUCGGGAGCCAAGAUCCGCGUCUUCGCGCACAACGACAUGGCUGACCUGGAGCGUCAGUUGAUCACGGCACUGACCGAAGAACGUCGCUGGCGCAAGGUGAUGAUCGUGGUGGAGGGUGUUUACAGCAUGGAGGGCUCCAUCGUUCUGCUACCCGACGUCAUCCGGCUGAAGAAGAAGUACGGAGCUUACCUGUACCUCGACGAAGCUCACAGCAUUGGAGCCGUAGGUGCCACGGGUCGAGGCGUGGUCGAAUACUACGGAUGUGAUCCGACUGAUGUAGAUAUCAUGAUGGGUACUUUCACGAAGAGUUUCGGUGCCGCUGGUGGCUACAUCGGCGGCAGCCGUGCGCUGGUCGACCAUCUCCGCGCGCACAGUCAUUCUGCCGCCUACGCACUGGCCAUGCCUCCCUGCGUGGUCCAGCAGGUCAUCGCCUCCAUGGAGAUCAUCCUUGGCCGUGACGGCACCGAUCUGGGCCGUCGCAAGAUCGACACUCUGGCUCGCAACUCUCACUACUUCCGCCAGCGUCUACGUCAGAUGGGUUUCAUCGUUUACGGCAACGACGACUCCCCCGUGGUGCCGCUGAUGUCCUUCUUCGUCAGCAAGACGGCGGCGCUGUACCGUCGUCUGAAGGAGCACGGCGUGGCCACGGCUGUUAUCGCCUACCCGGCCACCAAGCUGACCGAAGCGCGCGCUAGGUUCUGUCUGUCGGCCUCGCACACCCGCCAGCAGCUCGACUAUGUGCUUAGUGUGGUGGAUAAGGUGGGGGACGAGCUGGAGCUGAAGUACAGCCAGCAGCGCCCGCCUCCCGCCGAGGUAGUCUACUGAGGAGUUGGACACCCUCUCUGGUGGUUCACUGGGGUGGA